GUUUUUAUACUUACCACUUAUACAUUAUGAAGUUUGAAUCAAUCAAACCCAUUUAUGGAUUUCCCGAUGGAUUAACUGUUGCUUGUUAUUUACUUGAUGGAAGAGAGGCUGUUGUUGGAGGUGCGACAGACGGUAUUAAAGUGUACCCAGCAGCACCUGGAGAACAAGACUAUGUAAAGACACACAUUACAGAACAUACUGAGGACGUCACUUGUCUUGCUUCUUCCAAAACUAAAUUCGCAAGUGGCGGAACGGACGGUCUUGUCUUAUUAUACAACAAUAACACCGUACACUCUUUCGAUAAAAUUCUUGUCAGAAGCACUGUUCCUAUUCGAAGCUUGGCUUUUCACCCUGACGGAACCAAACUCGCCAUUGCCACAGAUGAUAACGAUAUUCGUGUGGUUUUAGUAGCAGAUAAUUCAAAAAUUGUCUUAUUAAAAGGCCACAAACACACAGUGAAAUCCAUCUGUUACGAUCCUAAAGGAAACUACAUGCUUUCUUCCGAUGUUCAGGGUCAUGUUUUCAUUUGGGCUGUAGGACCUCACGAAUCCGCCCCUCGUAUAGUCAAUACACUCGCAGCUGUUAUUUAUAAAUCUAGCAUGGACUCUAUUUUACAAUCCACCGUAACAUGGAAUCCCGACGGUACCGUGUUUGCUUUCCCUGGUACCAACCAAGACAUUCGCGUCUUUACUUCGGGGAUCUGGAAACUCUCGUAUGCUUUAGAAGGCGGACACACGGAAGAUAUUGUAACACUAGCAUGGUCACCCAACGGCUACUAUUUGGCUUCAGCAUGUAAAGGUAAAUUAUUAGUGGUGUGGGAUACGAAGACCAAAACCAAAAUCACCUCCGAUGUCAAUUCUACGGAGAUCACUAGUCUUCAUUGGCAGCCCGACGGAAAUCAAUUAUUGGUGACAGAUGCCUAUGGUCAAAUCAAGUUUUGGGAUAACGUGAUUUCUACCAGAGAAUCUCAAUUACCUCAUCCUGCUAAAAUGCGUGUUGUCAAAGAGCAACCCGCCAAAACAUUGGAGUUGCAUGAAUUGGUGCAUUCACAAGCAUCUGACGAGAUGGACGAUGAUCUUGGAGAUGAUGUUAAUAUGUUAUUUGACGAUGACGAUGAGGGAGAGGAUCUUGGAGAUAUGGGAGAGGAUGUAGCCGAUUUCGUGAUCGAUGAUGAUGGUGCUGGAUACGUUGAAACACCCGAAGAGGCUGCUGCUACCCUUGGUCGGGUGAAGACACAACAGACCUUAAAUGUAAAUAAUGCCAACAAUCAAGCUUUAAUCAAACGUCAACAAAAAUUAGAAUUGGCAUUUGAUCCUCCUACCACUUUUCAACCGGGAGAGACACCCUACCAUAAACCCGAAACCAAUAAAUCCUUUGAUCCAGCUCAAGGUGAACGAAGAUAUAUGGCCUACAAUCUAGUAGGUAUUAUCACCACCAUCUUUGAAGAGGCACAUUCUAUCAUCAACGUGGAAUUUCACGAUCAAACCGCUUAUCGUAACUUCCAUUUCACCGACCCCAACAAUUAUUCAAUGGCAGCUAUCAGUACUGCUGGUACUGUCUAUGCCGUUGAGAGUAAAACUGCCGUCAAUAAGGGUAAAAAAUUAAAUGCGGAUGGAGAAGAGAGUGAAUCGGAAGAUGAAGAAGAGACAACACUUGUGAAUUCGAUAUUAUAUUACAGACCAAAUAAUACAGGUGCAGAAAAAGAUUGGACACAUCAUAUGCUUCCUGGAGAAGAUGUGGUUAGUAUCGCUGUGAAUCGUGUAUCUGUGAUUGCUAUCACUUCCUUGGGUUAUGUCCGUAUUUUUACCACGUCAGGUGUGCAACGCCAUGUGUUCUCCUUGGAUAAUAUCGUGACAAUGGCAGCCAUGGUAGAUCUUGCCUUGAUUGUUUAUUCAACUGGACCUUCAUUCACAGGCCAACAAAACUUGAAUUAUAUCUUGUUGAAUACCGACUCCAACGAAAUCUUACAAAGAGAUCAUGUGCAUGUGACACCCGAUAGUGAAUUAUGCUGGGUUGGUUUUUCAGAGACAAACCAAGCAGCAGUGUUUGAUACAGCGGGUGUGAUGCGCGUGUUACAACGUCAACGUCGACCAGAUCAAGGAUGUUGGGUACCUGUAUUUGAUGGUAAAGCACAUGCAGCACAACUGGAAAAGACCGAGAAAUACUGGCCUGUUGGCUUACUACGCGAUAGAUUGAUGUGUGUUGUACUUCGUGGCAAUAAUCCUUAUCCAUUCUUCCCUCGUCCACCUGUCAAGGAUAUCCCAUUACAAUUACCACUUUUAGAAAUGAACACAGAGGUAGGUGGAUUAGAGCAAGAAGUGUUACGUGUGAAUACAUGCAAACUUCACGAAAAGGAUGAAGCGGAAGCGACCAAUGCCGAAGAAGACUAUGUGGAUGCAUUUAAAGAAGCUGAUAGUGAAAUGGAUAUCGCAUUGUUAAAAUUAAUCAAUUUAGCAUGUAAAUCUGAAAAAGUCUCGCGUGCACUGGAUUUAGCAAAUGCACUUCAUAGUUUAGGUUCGAUUGAUAAAGCAAUUCGUAUUGCCUCCUUUCAUCGUUUCUCCAGUCUGGCACAAAAAUUGACACAGAUCAAGGAAACAAAGUUCAUGGGUGACGAAGUGGAAACAUCUACUUUAGCCGAUUCGUUUGCAGCACUUCCCAGUAUUUACACAUCGAGAGAAAGUGCACUGGAUGGAGAUCUUUCCUUGAUUAAUCAAUUUAAAAGAAAAGAUAUGUCAUACAUGCUGAUGGAUGAUGACGACUCCAUGAUGCAUUUAUCUGAUGAUGAACAUUUGUCGAAAAGAUCAAAACCAUUUCAAUUUUCUAGUUAGACCAUUUAAAAAUUUAAAUUAAAAACAUCCACGCAUACAUAUUCAAUCGACAAUGCGUUUCAUAUAAACAACUGAC